AUCGACUCUCUCUUGAGUGUCUCUAAUGUGACAUGGCGUCCAUCAAGAUAUAUCACGGCCUCCUGUAAAACUGUUUUAAUGACAGUGGGCUUUUAUUGCAUUUUAUUUCAGAGGCCGUAAUAAAUAGUACAUUUGCAUUGAUGGUAAUGCAUGCAAGGAAACCUCAGCGAAUAAGCGAUGGGUACUUUGACAAGCACCAGACCCAUCCGUAUCAGAAGUACAAUUCCAAGAGAACUGUUAAUGACUACAGUACUUCUGACAACCGCUACACACCACUUAGAUCCCCCAAUGGCAAUGUCUCGGGACAUGGGCAUGGUGGCCAUGCUGGCCACACGGGCCACUCAGGUCAUGGGCACCACCACUACAGUCACAUGGCCGAAGAAAGAGAAUAUAUCACACACACAUCAAGAAACUCCUAUAUCCAAAAAGGUUCUGAAAAGGAGAGAGAUAGAGACUACAAAUCCUCUAGAAAUAAGUAUACAGAUGUCCGAUCCCCUAAGGAGAAACGUAUCAAAGACAGUGAGAGGGAGAAAAAUAAUCAUGAAAGAUGUGAAUCGGAGAAAAAAAGUAGGACUAGUGGCUUGAAUAGUAGUGUUAAUAGAAGUAGUAAAUAUGACAAGAGAAGUGCACCAUGCUCAUCUAGCGUGCCUGCAGGGAGUGAAUGGUCAGAACAUAUUAGUUCAUCAGGAAAGAAGUAUUAUUAUAAUUGUAUCAGUGAAGUGUCACAGUGGGAGAAACCUAGGGAAUGGGAAACAAGAAGAACAUCAUCCAAAGAAACAUAUACAACAAGAAACAAUCGAGAGCGCGAUAAAAGGUCGAGUUCUAGAUCAGGGCGAAGAGAAACGGAGAAGUCAAAUAAAAGGACGAACAGUACUUCAGAAAGAUAUUGGAGCGGCGGCAGGGAAGAGGACAGUCACGAGAGAACAAGGCAGAAGCAUUCGUCGUCGCAACACGAUGGCAAGGAUGGACAAUCAUUACAAGAUAUGGACAUAUCUCCGGACAGGAGCACGCCCCUGUCGGAGAACUCGUACGGCGCAAGGGAGAGCGCGGGCCGCAGCGAUGGCAACGCUGUGCCGCCCGUCGUAGUGCUCGAUAACUCCAACCAACAGAGCGGUUCGUUAUUGGCUGCGGCGUUACCGCGUAUCGUGGGCACGGUGCUGCCGAGCGUGCCCUCGGUGUCGAGCGCGGUGGUGGUCGCAUCCAACAACGGCGGCUCGCCGGGCAGCGGGGGUGACACGCCACACCGGGACGCGGGCCCGCCGACACCGACGCAUUCGGAGAACAUCGACCCUCACGCGCCGCCCAUACAUCUCGAUAAUGCGCUUCCUAGGAAAAUGGAAUGCCUCGGCAGCUAUUCGUCUGUUGUUGGUGGGUCAUUGCAGCACGGUCCGCCGAUGCUAACGCCGUCGCUUGUCAACUACGUGCGGUCGGACCUCACCGCGCACGUGGCCGGCUGGGCUGCUGACAUACUCGAGAAACAGGCCAAUAAGUUUACCGAAGAAGCGUAUCAGCUAGGCUGUCUGCAGUGCACGCGGGUGUCGGCCGAGCUCAAGUGCUCGCGUUCCGUCGUGCGUCACACUGAAAUACAAGCCACACUGCAAGAGCAAAAAAUAAUGUACCUACGUCAACAAAUAUCCCGGCUGGAGGAGCUUAAGUCGCAGAAUUCUUUCAUGUCGGAAGACUAGGGUCCGCGGUGGGGGGCUCCCCCGGCGCCUCCCACCCGCCUUUUCCUCACAUCACCACUCUCGCCCCGAGAAGACGACGCAUAUUAUCCAUUCCGUUAUUUUUCUAUGUAAUGUAGAUCAAAUGACUACUAAUUGUGUUGUGUGAUUCGAUGUUAAAUUAUAAGCAAUCGUUCUCGUGAUCAUACGCCGGGGUUGAUCAAUUUGAACAGUGCGAUUUCUUCUUAUUAGCUAGGCGAUUACCACAGAUUCAAUUAAAAUAAUUCGCUCCGUAAUGAAUAUAAGACAAUUUUCAAGGAAUAAGUGGAAUAUCAUUUAAGUAGGUAGGUUAAGUAGUGCAUAUAUUAUUUGACAAGUGAUCAGUGCACAAUAUGGGCGUAACUUCAAUUUAAUGAAAACAGGAUAUGCAGUGUUGAUAUAAUUGGUAGAGGAACGUGUCUAAGCAGAACGCGGAAAUAAUUUUAUAAGCUUUCUAUUUGUACUAGACAGUUUCAUUGACUUUCGCCUUCAAUGUAAGGGUGCAGUGUUUUGUAUCGUGUUUAUUGUAAAGGUUUAAAUUAUUUAAAACGAUACAUUCGUAGAAAAUUAUCGGAUUUUUUAAAUGAUUGUAUUAAUGACGCGACCGCGAUUUUCACAGCGCGCAACAUGCGGCUGCUGUUUGUUUUUGACCAAUCGAUGUAUAAACUUUGUAAAAAACAAGUAUUGUGUAAUAAUAAUUAUUAAGUAACCAGAACUUCUUGUAGCUUAUGUUAGUUGAUUUUAGUGAAAAAAUCAUAUAAGUCUCAUAAGUCACAUCACAUCUAGCUGCCUGCAUUCACUAUUCUACUUGAACCGGUUUUUUGUUUCAAUACUUUAUCGAUACUAAUAGAAUAACAAUAUUCUUAAGGAUAUUCAUCUAUAAUUAUAUCGGUGAACAGAAAACUAUGUUCAAAAUCAUCUUCCAUGUCGAACUUCAUAUAAUAUUGCUUGCUUUACCUAAAAAAUUCUUCCAGUAGUAAUGCUCGAGCUAUAAUCAUAUUUUUAAGUCUGUAAAUUAUAUAAAUACUGCUUAUACAAGUAAACAGUGUUUAUAUGAUGCUGUUGAACUAUAAAAUAUUUAUAAAAAUGUUGUGAAGCCGUACCUUAAAAAUAUUAUUUAAAUAAUGUGAUUCGUCUUCUAUGAAUGUAAUGUGAAUUCAAAUAGACAACCCAUCUUUAGAUAAUAAUAAAGUAGCAAUAGUUCACUAGAAGUGUUUGCGUAACGACUAGAGUGUGAUGUGUUCAUAAUGAACCCUAAUACAUCAAAAAUCUAAUUUACUUUUAACAUUUGAUAUUGACUGCUGAGCUAAUAAUACGUGGAUAAUAAGUAAUGUUGUAAUUUCGAUUAUCAUUAUAAAAUUAUUAUAAAUACAAUUUUCAUUCUAAAUAUGUUUAAUGAAUAUAUGUUAUUAAUUAUUACAAAAUAAUUGCAAUUAACGAGCGUUUAUCACCGUAACAAAAUAACUACCUCGCAAUUUCAUAGAUUUGUGACGAAGCCAGUGGCUAGAUGUGGUAUGGCCAUAAUUGAUACCAAUCACGAGAUACGCGCUCGGCGAUCGGAGCGCUAACUUCGGAUAGUAGCCACGGGGCGCCACUAACAAUAGCGAUAGGUAGGUAAAAGAACUCCGGUCUAGGUCUUUUUAUUUUUCUAAUAUAGGGAUAUAAUAAAUCGAAUGUACGGCUGAAUUGACAUCAAUACAUGUAAUAUAAUGUCAGAUUAACGGAAGUACUGUGAUACUCAUUGACGUUCACACGUAAUGAUAGCGAGUAAUUGUACUGUGUAAAUAUGUCUUUCUGGAGCAGUGCCUGAGGAGUUAGGUGCUCGCUGUGUUUAUAGAUCUAUAUUUAUAUAAGAAGCCGUGCGGGGCCCGGGGGAUAUCGCUCCGGUGAGGGCUUGGGUCGCCCUAGUCCCGCGGCGGCUCCAUUCACAGCUCGCCUAUCUCAACGUUUCCUUUUCAUAACAUCGUGACAUUGGUUUUCUGAUAAUGUUCGAAAUACAAAGAUUUAACCAGUUUAAAUAAAUCAAUUUCA